AUGGCGGCGACAACUCGGCGCGCUGCUAGCGUUGAGGACUUUCACAGCGGCAGCGGCAGCGGCGGCGGCGGUGGCGGCGGAGGCAGGAACUUGUACCACGUCGUACGCGAUAUAAAGCGCGCCGAGUCCACCGUGUACAACGCGCUGCGCUCGAUCCUUUUAGACGCGUCGUUCGUGCGCGAGAUCCACGCCCUCUGGCCGUCGUUACCGUUGCUGGCGAACCUGCGCUGCGGGCUGUGGUACGCGCCGCCCGAUGACGUGGCUGCCACGUGUUACUUCAAGUCGACGGAUGGACACACGGGGAACUGGGAUUUCAGCGCGACGCGGAUGAACCUCCACGUGGCAGACAUGGCAGGUCUAACCCCUCUUGUUCCACCAAUUAUCUCUCCGCUUUCGCAGUCCCCCAACUCCCCGUCUCUUCCUUCCACCCCACCUUUCCCCCCGCACUCUCGUCACACCAGUCCUUCGACCUCUUUCCCCCUCAAGCCCCCCCUCCCCCUUCCCCCCGUUUCCCCCGCUCUCCCCUUCCCUCUCUCCCCGUCCUCCGUCCCCCUCUUCUCCCCCAACCCUUCCCCUCUCCUCCUCUGCUCCCCCUUCCCCCCUUCAUUUUCUAUAUCCCGAACGGCAGCGCGCAGCAGCGGCGCGAUGAUAGUGGACGCGACGCGGCGGGGAAAGGUGUUUCCCGACAGCCUGUCCAAGACCAUCCCCAUCUGGGCGUGCGUCGUUAACCGCGCCGUGCAGCGCGUGCGCGCGCAGGGGAGAGCGCGGGAGGAGGGGGGAGAGCGGGGGAGGAGGGAUGAGAGGAGGGAGCAUGGGGAGAAUGGGGAAGCUAGAAGCUGUGGGGAGGGCAGGACGGAUGAUACAGUCAGGGCGCAGAAGGGGAGCAGGGCGCAUGGGGAGGCAAGAGAUCAGAGCAAGCAGUGGGAGCAGAACAACAAUGAGCUGAAUCAUGUCAAGUCCGACUCACCACCACCACCACAGCCGCCACAACAACAGCAGCAGCAGCAGCAGCAGCAACGCGCACAUGGGGGAGGAAACACCGCUGCGGCCUCACCUGAGUCAUUGUCACCUUCACCCCCGUGUGAGUCAACCCCAGCAUGGGACGAGGCAUUGCACCUGCCGCGGUGGGUGUCGAGCACAGAGCAGGCGAGCAUAGAGCAGCGCCUGGAUGCUUGGGUGGAUCGGCUGCUGCUCAUGGCUCCCCCUGCUGCCCUGCAUAGACUGGCGUUUGGGGAGACACAGGGCGCGGAGGGAGAGGAGGGGGAGGAGAGAGGGGAGAGGGAGGAGGGGCGGGAUGGGGAUGGGGGAGAGGAGGGAGAGGAGGGAGGGGAUUGGGAGAAGGGAGAUGGGAUUUGGGAAGGGCGAGAGGCGACAGGAGGAGCAGUAGAAAGGGAAGGGAACGAGCAGGAGCAGCAGCAGCAGCAGCAGCAGCAGCAGCAGCAGCGGGCGGAUGAGCAUAGAGGCAGCAUGGGUUCAGAUGGUGGGGAUGGCGUGCACUGGAUUGCUCAUCUGCCCAUGGCUGUGGCCGCUGCAGCCCACAGUGCAACUCACACCAUCUAUUCCCUUUUUGACAUCACUUCAGAAAUCAUCUCCCCCUUCUUUUUCCCCCCAUAUUCAUCUCAAUCAGCCCACAGUGCAACUCACACCAUCUAUUCCCUUUUUGACAUCACUUCAGAAAUCAUCUCCCCCUUCUUUUUCCCCCCAUAUUCAUCUCAAUCAGCCCACAGUGCAACUCACACCAUCUAUUCCCUUUCUGACAUCACUUCAGAAAUCAUUCUUUCCUUUUUCUCUCCUCCUCUCCGUCACACCACAGCACAAGUCCCGUCGUCCUUCCCGCGUUCCCUCCUGCCUCUCGCGGUGAUAGCAUGUGGAGUGGACCUCCCUCCUGGGCUGCGAGCGCUGCUGGACAGCCAGACGCGGACCCACGGUGCAGCGUCUGGAGAAGGGGUUGAGAGAGAGAUAGGCAAGGGGAAUGUGGAGGAGAGUGGGGAGCAGAGUGUGAAGGAAGGCGGUUCAGAGCUGAUACUGAAGCAGCAGCAGCAGCAGCAGCAGCAGCAGCAGCAGCAGCAGCAGCAGAAGCAGCAGCAGGAGGGUGGUGGUGAAGGCGUCUAUGAUGAGCAAUUUCACAUCUCCCUACCUCUCAAGUCAUCCAAGUACGACCGUCUCUGCAUAGCGCGCCACAUACCGGCGGCACUGGCCUUCGCUCGCAAGCACCUGCUACUCCGCCACCGCCUGCUGCUCAUCUGCCCCGACGGUGUGGACUUGAGUGUGUGCAUGUGUGCUGCGCUCCUCUUAGCCCUGCCUCACGAACUCUCUCAUGCCUCGGCAGCACCGCCAGCAGCAGCACCAGCAGCAGCAGCAGCAGCAGCAGCAGGGUCUGCCAGCGGCCAGGCGUAUGCUGCACCUCCGCUCUUCCCUAUGACCAAGGAUGGGCUCAAGGCAUGCCUGGCGUUCCUCUGCUCGCAUGUCUCAGCCGCCAUGCCAUCCCGGGGCAACUUGAAGCAGGUGCUGCAAGCGCUGCUCCCCUCGGCUCCUCCUCAUAGCAGGACAGUGCAGGAGGAUUAG